UCCAUCUCUCUCUCUCUCUCUCUCUCUCCAUCUCUCGCAGCUGAUUUGCCACCGCCGCUCGCUCGCCCGCUCGCUCGAUCGCGCGCAUUUCUCCCUACUCUUUCUCGCCGCGAUUUUGAUGGUCUGACUGGGUGUGAGGAACGAGAGGGCGUCGCCAUGAGCUGCAAUGGGUGCCGGGUUCUGCGCAAGGGCUGCAGCGAUGGCUGCGUUCUCCGGCAGUGCCUGCGAUGGAUCGAGAGCCCCGAUGCGCAGGGCCACGCCACGGUCUUCGUCGCCAAAUUCUUCGGCCGCGCGGGGAUGAUGGCGCUGAUAAGCUCCGUCCCGGAGAGUCAAAGACCCGCAUUGUUCCAGUCUCUCCUCUACGAGGCAUGCGGCCGGACCAUAAAUCCCGUGUUUGGAGCUGUGGGGCUGCUGUGCUCGGGCAGCUGGAAGCACUGCCAGGACGCGGUGGAGACGGUGCUCAAAGGGGGCUUGCUUUGCUCCACGGUUUCCACUGGCACCGGAAGGCUCUCCAGCGCCUUCGGCACCGGAAGGCCCUCCAUCGGCUUCGUCACCCCCUCCCAGUCCCAGCAAGCUUUCGCGUCCGGAAGGCUUCCCAAAGUUCGUCUCGGGAGAGGCUACUUCAGCACUGUCACCGCCGCUGCGGCUGGAGCCUUCUCCAUCUACAGUUGCACCAAGGACACCAACAAUGACAACUCCGCCACCAAUGCGCAAGGGUUCUCGCUCGACGGCUCCAAGUUCGCGGGAGUGAAGCGGGCGCUGGAUCGCGACAGCAGCGAGAGCAGCAGCUUUGCGAGCCUCCAGCGGAGGCAUCGCUCGGCCGCGACAACCUUAAAGGUCGAGCUCCAAGAACAGGAGGAACCGGACGAGCACUUUUACGAGGACGAGGAUCAGGGCCGAGGAUCGGGAGGUGGCGUUGUCCACGAUCGUCGUCCCCACGCGAUGGCGUGUGGCUCUGGUCGUCGCGACCACCACGCGGUGGAAAACGACGGCGGAGCUGCCGCGGCAGUGGUGGUGGAGAAAGGGUGGCGGCCAGGCGGCGACGAAGUUGGGCUGGACCUCACCUUGGGCUCGUCCUCAUCCAAGAUGAGCUCCAAGAACAGCCAUCGUCACCUUGUCGCGAGCUCGAGUGUCGCCGCGAAGCGGACAAGCCCCGCGAGUCCUUGUCACAGCUCCGAGGCAGAUUCCGACACUACAGAUUUGUCCAUUUCGAUGCAGUCCCAAUCCAACACAGUGGCAGCAAGAGCGUUGCCACCAGCACCACCACCACUGCCAUCACGGCCAACAACACCACCAUCACCACCACCGAGAACAGCUCAAGAAGUCUUGAGCCCCACGGCAGCCAAGGGUGAUCUGCUGCUCAUGGAUCUUCUUCACUGAGCUCCACAGGUGGGACGCACACAAGUCUUGUCAAAAGAUCUCCAUGGCCGGCCAGUGCGUCUGAUCGUAGAAGUUCUUACUAAAGUAUAGCGAGUCUGAUUUAAGAUGCGAGAGAAGGUUUAUGAGAAGCAAAAAUUUUGUAGCCUGUGUUCUUCCAAGUUUCUUACUAUUAAUCUCUUUUUUUGUUCUUUA